AUGUCUCCUUACAUAUCUGGGAUUGAGACUGUGAGUGGAAUUGGCUUCUACAACCUUCUCGUUCCAUUUCUCAACUUUCCAUACGGGGAGGAAGUCAUGGCUGUCACCAGAACACCAGAAAGCUCUAGGUUUUCUGGUGACAGCUUGUUCUGCUUCCGAUAUAAGGAAAGCAGCAAACAUGCCCACUCCCCCACACCCGACAAACAGCUUCCUCUCAGGGAAUUGCUUCGCAUCAACCACGAAGACGCUGCCAAUAAGAGCACAUCAAGAAAACUUAUUGAGAACCUGUUGGAUCAAGACGUUUCUAUUACCAAUAGAACUACCUUGCCACCGGCUCCACUAUGCAUAGAGGACGCGACUGAGAAAGUCACUAACAAUACCAAUGGUUCAAGUCCUGAUGGAGUUUCCCCUCUUCCUGUAGUAAUGGAAUUAAGUUACAUUUUGAAAACCUCGACCAAUCAGAUCACGCCUCCCAUAGCAACCACAAACAAUCAGAUCACGCCUCCCAUAGCAACCACAACCAAUCAGAUCACGCCUCCCAUAGCAAUCACAACCAAUCAGAUCACGCCUCCCAUAGCAACCACAACCAAUCAGAUCACGCCUCCCAUAGCAACCACAACCAAUCAGAUCACGCCUCCCAUAGAAACUACAUCCAAUCAGAUCACGCCUCCUAUAGAAACCACAACCAAUCAGGUCACGACUCCCAUAGAAACCACAACCAAUCAGAUCACGCCUUCAAUAAAAACCACAACCAAUCAGAGCAUGAUCGAGAUAACAGACACAGAUGAC